AUGACUAGCCCACGAGUGAAGGAGCUGAUUCGAGAGAACGCCGAGUUUGCGAAGACAUGGUCGUCGCCAUUCACGAUGAAGCAGAUGCGGGAAGUGCUCACCGACCCGGUCAUUUGCCUGACAUGCAUGGACCCACGAGUCGUGCCUGAACAGUUUUUGGGGUCCCAUCCGAUGAUUGCCGUGUUUCGAAACGCCGGUGGACGUGCCACUCCCGACGUCGUGCGUACGAUCAACACCUUGCAAAGCCUCGCCUAUAAGGUCCAAAAGGCGACGGUGAUGGUCGUGCACCAUACAGAUUGCGGGAUGACGCACCUGACUGAUGAAGGCAUCAAGAAGGAUAUCCUCGAGCGCGGCAUUGAUGGAGCCGAAGGGAUCAACUUUGGCUGUUUCAGGGGAGAAGACAUCAAGAAGUCGGUUCUGGACGACGUCCAAACGUUGAAGGCGGAGCGAUUGCUCAAAGAUGUCGAGGUUCGAGGCUUUGUGCUGACCACCGAGACCGGGCUUCUCGAGGAGCUUUGA